AUGAGAGUGAAAGCAACUUUGGUUAACUUCAAAUCAAAGCUUUCAGAAUCAUGCAACAGAUUUGUCUCUCUCUUCCGUUUCAGAGUUAAGAGACCUAUCUUUAUUAGACCUUUUCGUCGUUCUCGUCAUGGAAAUGUCAAACCUAGACAUCGUCAUCAUCAUCAUGCCAAGAAGCCAAUCUACUCUUCCUCUUGGCUGUCUUCUCUUUGUUUUCUCAGUACAAACAAAGACCAGAAGUUGAGCCAGACCAAACCUAUUAGUGUGAAAGAUGAUGAUGAUUAUUCGAAGUUUAUGCAUUCGCCUCUUACGCCAGCAGCAGCAGCAGCCAAGAAGCUGUUCACUACACCCAUCACGACACCUGUUUCUGCAUCAUGGACCAAGAAAUCACUGAACUCAAGAGAUACAUUUGAAGACAAUGCUGUAGAAGAUGCUUGCAGAAGCUUUGAAAACUAUCUUACUCAUCUGGCUGAAGAAGGGAAAAUGGAUGACUUAAUGGACAUAGAGGAGGUUCUCCUCUGUUGGAAGAAUCUUAAGAACCCUGUCUUUAUUGAACUUGUCUCCAGAUUCUAUGGAGAUCUCUGCAGAGACCUGCUUUCAGGUGAAUGA